CUCUCUCUCUCUCACUGAUUGUGUGUUACUUUGUUUUGCACAUUGUGUGUUCUUUUAAUUUUGUGACAGCCAGAGAGGUUCUUGACUUCUUGGAGGAGCUAUAUAGGUAGCUAGCUAGCUAGGGAGAGCAAAAAUAACGAGAAUGGCACCAAGGUUUGAGCCCGGGGCGAACAUGGAAGAUUUGGAGGCGAGUUUUCUGGACAAGAAGAAGAAAGAGUCGACUAAGUGGAAAGAUGGGGUCUUCUACUACACUCUCUGCUCUGCCUACGCCCUAGCUUUCUGCAUUGCUCUGACAUUGUUGGUGCUACUUGGUUUCUUGCUGGUAUCGAACUUGCAAAAAUAUCGUGUUACUGAAACGUCACAACCACAAGUACCUUGUUUCUUCAUUUUCGGGGACUCGAUUUCUGAUAAUGGGAACAAUAAUGAUCUGGUGACAAUGGCAAAAGCCAAUUAUCAACCGUAUGGAAUUGAUUUCCCUGGGGGACCCACUGGAAGAUUUACUAAUGGUCGCAAUCUUGUCGACAUUAUUGCUGAACUUCUGGGUUUUGCAAGUUACAUCCCACCUUUUGCUACUGCUAGAGGUGAAGAAAUACUCAAAGGGGUCAAUUAUGCAUCUGGUGCAGCCGGUAUUCGUGAAGAAUCUGGACAAGAACAGGGUGAUCGGAUAUGCAUGGAUAGGCAGUUGCAAAAUCACCAAAUUACAGUCUCAAACAUCAUCAAGCUACUUGGAAAUAAUGAAUCAUUGACCACAGCUUAUCUAAACAAAUGUAUAUACUCCGUUGCAAUUGGUAGUAAUGACUACCUAAAUAAUUACUUCUUGCCCCAGUACUAUAAUACAAGCAGCAUAUAUAACGAAGAGCAAUAUGCUGCAGUUCUCGCUCAACAACUCUAUCAACAAUUAUUGACUCUGCAUAAGCUUGGAGCAAGGAAGGUAGCCCUUUUUGGGUUGGGUCUAUUAGGGUAUUCUCCUGUUGAACUCGCUACGUGCAGUACUAAUGGCUCUUCAUGUGUGGAAAACAUCGACAAUGCGGUUGCACUUUUCAAUGAUAGGCUUGUAUCACUAGUGGAUGACUUCAAUACAAAUCUACCCAAUGCUACAUUCAUCUUCAUAAACACUACUCAAAUCUCGCUUAACAGUUCUUCAGCCGAAGUUACAGAUGUUCCUUGCUGUGAAGUGUUGAGAUAUCCACAGCCACAGACUCAAUGCGUACCUUUCGGAAAUGAAUGUAGUAACAGGAGCGAAUAUUCAUUUUGGGAUGCAGUCCAUCCAACUGAAGCCGCAUAUGUGGUCUAUGGGGAAAGAGCAUAUAGAGUUGAGUCCCCAACUGAUGCUUAUCCAUUUGACAUCGAAAGUCUCGCCCAGCUCUAAUGGGCUAGAUGAGGUGGGAAGAGAAUUCCCAUAUGAAAGUCUACAACAUUGUUGCUUGAAUUUCUUUUGUGAUUUCCCUGAACAUGAUGUACAUCAUGUUUAUAAUAAUGUUUAGAGAAGUGAUUCCCACAACAUUUUCGCAAUACUUUUACAACAAAUUAUCAGUGGUAAGUUGUUUCUAGUUUUAA